CUCUAUAUUAUAUUAUAUUUUAUUCGGGGGACACGGAUUCGGAUCAUACAAUGGAUUUCGGGGCCCUGCUGCAUCUCGCAAAGAAGAAGAGCGAUGCGGCCACUAAGGAAGAGCGCCCGGGACAGGGCAAAUAUUACAGCACCAAGUAUGCCCCACCAAAAAAGGAGUCGAAGGAGUCCAAACAGCUGUCCAACAACAUCCAGAAGUUUCUGCGGAAAAAAGAGGCCGAGGAGGCGGAAAGGAAGCGCGAGGAGCGUCAGAAACUUAAUGAAUUGCUGGCCAAAAGGGACGAAAAGUCGAAGAACAAGAUCCGCAAAAUGCUCAAGGUGACCAAGUCCGCUAACAAGUCCGUCUUGGCGGACGCCAAGGACUGCGAUGGAGCAAUCGAUGGCCACGAGGCGGGCGAAGGUCAGGGCGAUGACUACGGCUAUGUGUCCAACGAGGCGAAUGCCUUCUACGAGAAGUACAUUGAAAAAGUUCGAGAUGUGCAGGAGGACAAGGGUUUUGCGCCGAGCCGGCCACAGUCGCUGCGAGAUCUUUCCGGGACCAAGGAGCGCGUGAAGGCGGCCAUCACACGCGAACGGGAGGAGGCCAAAAGUCACACGCGCCAGAGGAGCAGUACGAGUACGCCCACAACCAGUGCCGCAAAGGCCAAGGACCCGCACGUGGCCCGUUCCUAUAGCACCUCGAAGACCCUCUACGAUCCGGAGGCCGAGAGGCGCGAGGAGGAGGCCAAAAAGCGAAAAGAAGAGGAACAGCGACGGGCCAAGUUGAAACGACCCGUCCAACCGCCGCCUAUGGACUUUCAGGCGCUCCUUCGUCUGGCCGAAAAGAAACAGCACGAACCGGUUGCCUUUGAGCCGGAGAAGAAGAAGGAACCGGAGCGAUUGCUUUCCGCCCGCGAGAAACGCGAGAUGGAGGAGCGCCAGCGGCUAAAGGAGCAACGGGCACAGCGCGACAAGAUGCGCGAAAGCGAGGCCAAGGAGCCGCCGAAAACUACCACCUCCAAUCGCAUGGAGCCCAACGGACGCAUACCCAAGCUGAAUCAAGCCAAGCCAACGACUUUACCGAGCGAAAGCUUCAAGAAGCCUGCCCAACCGCCAGCAAGGCCCAGCUCUCACUCUUCCAGUUCCACUACCCAUUCCUCUACUAGCCGUAGUCCUGCCUCAAGUAUAAAGCCCGCCAGUAAGACGACAGCUCCUGUGGCCGCCAAGCCAGGAGCAACUUCGGCAGCGGCGGCACCGGGAAAGCCUGGUUCCAGUUCUAGUUCCAGUUCCAGUUCCAUUCGGGAUCUGCCCUCCAAAAAUCCCUACGCGGCGGCCAAUAAGAACGGAGCUGUGAGGGAGUUUCCACCAAGGGAUCGGCCUGCAGUCCCAUCCAGAAAUCGUCCAGAUGCACCGACGGCUGGCAAAACGCGACAGUUUCCCCCAGCGGAUGUUCAGCGAUCGUCGGGCGGAAGGCAGUUCCCGCCAGCUGAUGUCAAGGGCAGGCGGAAACCCCAAGAAGAGCCAGGCAACAAAAGACGCAUUUACGACGACGAAGAUGAGGACGAGUACGAUUCCGAGCUGGACGACUUCAUUGAUGAUGGCGACUGCGAGGAAGAUAUAUCGUCGCACAUCCGCGACAUUUUUGGCUAUGAUAAGCGGCGAUAUCGCGGCAUGGACGACGAUGAUCGGGGGAUGGAGUCCAGUUUUGCGCAAAUGCAGCGGGAAGAGUUCAUCAGCAAGAAGUUGGGACUGCAAGAGGACUUGGAGGACAUGCGCAUGGAGGCGGCGCACAAGAAACGGAAAAUGGCCAAGAAACGGAGCAAGCGUAUCGAUGACGACGACGAUUAGCCGGUUGAUCUUUCGAGUCCGUCGUACAAAUCUCAAAUAUCUCCAAAAGCGACCACUAUGGGAUGCCAAUUCACAGGUCGACCAAUGCUGAAUCCAGGAGCUGUGCCUGUUUACAAGUUUUCAAGAUAUUCGUUAUUAGUUUAGUUCAAGCAAAUCCCACACACCCUUGGAUAAGCAAUUUUACAUACUUUUGCUCUUUUUGGAACCCAAACUGAAAUUUUAUCAGUACCCUCCGCAAGAAGGGUAUAAAUACAUUUUAAAUAGGUUUUCCCGCCUGAAGUUGAUAUACGAAUUCCUUGAGUUGAAAUCAACACUUAAUGAAGUGGUUUAAUGACCUCGGCACCCCGAACCCGUACAAGUGUUUAUUUACAUUUACCUCAGAGUUUGUCAUUCUCAAAAAUAAACCCGUUUUCGCCUUUUGUAUACACACAAAUCACUUUGGUGCUUUCUAAUUUUUAUACCUAUGCAGUUGUACAUGUAGCUAGGCUGAAAUAAACAUUUAUAGUGUCAAUGAAA